GUCUUCUCAUGGACGGACGACUUGGCCUUGGAUUUAGCCGGCUUAGUCCCACAGGACGACGAAGGCGGAAAGUCGAUCUGGGGGCAGUGCUCCCCGGCGUAAAUGUUGCCCUGCGCCAUCUCCCAGGUGUAGUCGUCCUUGUACGGAGGCCAAACCCAGACCCAGUGCGAGUCGUGGCGGUCGUGGCGGCAGGGGCGAUCCUCGAUAUUCAAGUCCUCCUCCUUGGGGUUUUCUCCUUGACUUCGGAGCGGCAUGCCAGCCGUCAGCGUGGAGCUCCCCUGGGCUGUGUAUGCGCGGAGUGCGUCCAGUUCCGCUCUCAGGCGAGCGGCUUCGGCCUCUUCCUGCUCCCUCAUUCGCUUCCCUCUCUUUUCUUCCAUUUCCUCAUCGCUGAUCCAGAGUUUGGCGCGAGCAUCGUUCUAAAAUGCUCGGGCUUCUUCCGGGUCGCGAAAGGGCUUCUCGGGUUCGUAAGGCUCAAUAGCCGGGGCUGUGUUGUCAGCGGGGCUAUCUUCGCUGACUGCCGCAUUGGGUUCAGUGCUCUUCAUAUCGGCAUCUGAUCCCUCAGAAUACUUCUCGUUGGGGUCUGUGUUACCAGAGUCCUUCUUAUCCGAGACUGAUCCCUCAGCCGGCAUCGC